CUUAAAAAGAUGCAACAUGGUUAAACUUUGCAAAUUAUCUUUUCCAAUAAAAACUAAAAAAAAAAUACUAAAAUAUAUUAAAUUUGUUGCUUAAUUCAUUGUCCACAAAUAGUUUUAUACUUUUUACGUCUUGAAAUAAUAAAGAGUGCACUAAAAAAUCCAAAUAAAACAAAAAGAUCUCAAACAUGAAUUGAACUGAUGAAGGAAAGUGUUUAGAAAAAUCAUCAAUAGAUACGCCCACGUCAAAUAGUAAUUUCUUCAUAGUAUGAAAUAGAGGAUAACAGUGUACUCGCAUCAAUGACAGGCAGUUUCAAAGUACAACUCAUCAACAUGGGCACGAGAGCUGCUGCCUUUCAGGCUAAGCUCCGAUGUCUCCAUGAGUAUCAUGUUCGAUUGCUACACAAUGUCCUUCCAGCACCAUCAGGAGUGGAUAUUGCAAAUACCAUCAAGUAUUUUUCCCAAACUUUACUAACUGUAUUAAAAGACGUUCGCACAUCGCCGCAUCAACUUAUAAACGACCCGCUUGAGGAUCCCACUCGAAUGUCGGCUUACCCUAAUCUAGAGUAUGGUAAUCUGUAUAAUGCUCUCACAAUGCUACUAGAUGUCGCUCCAUGCAUUCAAUAUGGACAAAUAAUCUUUGGAAAGGCCCUGUUGCAAUGUCUUUGCUGCAUUUUACCCUUUCUGGAUAAGGAUCUAAUAGAUAAUCUCCCCUACCUGGCGAGUUCAACGAUUUCAGUUCUACCACCAGCCUUACAUCAGGACAUAGUCAAUGCCUUGUGUUAUUACAUUCUUCCAUUUACGAUAAUACGUAAGAGUCCAGAGGAACAGGAAUGCCAAGCAUGUCAAUCAGUGUCGUCAGUGAUUAUGAUGAUUCUGCAGUAUUCUCAGAAUCCAGCUCAUCAUUGUCAACUUCUUGAGUGCUUAAUGACUCUUAAACAUAACGUGGUUAAGGAUAUUCUCUGUGUAAUUGCGUAUGGGACAUCAGUUUCCAGAUCAUCAGCUGCUAAGCUUCUAUUUUACUAUUGGCCCGCUUUUGAUCCAAUUUUGUUCGACCGAAAAGUCUUACUAUCAAAAAUGACAAAUGAUCUUGUUCCGUUUGUUUGUCAACGCGAACAAUGCCCAAAUGCGGGCAACGCCGAAGCAGCCAAAGUAUGCUACGACCAUGGCAUAAGCAUCACCUAUGCACCCGAUUGUCCUCCACCGUUAUAUCUCUGCAUUGAAUGCGCUAACGAAAUUCAUCGAGAACAUGCCAAUUUGACAUUUGGUGACAUUUUGCAUCCCAUGCAACAAGUGUCAAUGGUAUGCGAGAAUAAAAAUUGUCGCUCCACCGAAAAGUCAGCCUUUUCGAUUUGCUUCUCGACUGAAUGUGCCAGCUACAAUGGCAACCAUCCCAUUCGAUAUUGCGCUCAAUGUCAUGGCAAUCGUCAUAAUACUCGACGCGGUGGCGAUCAUGUUGUGCAUCGAAGCUUGCCACCUGCUUGGCAAAUGGACGCCGAAAUGCAAAUGAAUAUGGUUGAGUCAGUUAUAAGUCUUUUGAGAGAAGCCAAACCACUGAAUUUUGAACCCGGUAAGGAUGGCUCUUCGACUUCAACCGAUGGCAAGAAAGUUGGCAAUGGACAACAGGAUAAUAUAUCACUCGAAGAACGCCAAAUGUUGGGACGCUAUGGAAUUUGGCUUUUGGUGGGACGUUGUACACCAACUGCUGAGACGCCAGUGGAAAUCUUAGGAAGAAUAUUGAGCAUGCUUUUUCAUUGGUUUCACGUAACAGCUUAUUCAUAUGAUGCUGCCGGACAGGUAGAGAGUACCAUUGAAAAGCUUAAAGUUGAACACGUUUGUGAAUGGCUCAAGGAGAUAUGUCGCAUCCAUUAUAACGUUUUUAUUUCUUGUCUAUUACCACAUCCACCAGAAUAUGCUCGAGUCGGUGGCCACUGGGAAACCCUGGCUUCUCGUACUAGCCAUUUAAAAGAAGGACUUCAACGUCUCAUAUGCCUAGUGCCAUAUGAAGUAAUCACAUCUGAGAUUUGGGACUACGUUAUGCCACACUGGAUGGAAGCAAUUACAAAUGAUGUUGCCGAAAAGGAGUUGCACGAAUUAAAAAUCGUGCUCAGUAAAAUUUUAGAUCCCGAAAUGUCACCACUCGGAUUCGAUGCCAGAACAAUGUAUAAUUUUGUUGCGAUCAGAUUUGAGAAGACCACUGCUAAGGUUCAGCAGCAAGCUCUACAUUGGCUGCAAAUUUUGACAAAACUAGAAAUUCUAAUACCUCUAGUUCAGUUAUUUGCAAUGUUUGGUGAUGGUGUACGCAUCAUGAAGUACGGUGUUCAGCAUGAAAUUUUGAAGGAAAAAGAAGUCAAAGGACAGAAACCACAAAUUAAGGGUGACAAGGACCUACCAAAUCCACCCAGGAGAAGUUCGAUUUCUCCGGUUGUCGAAGACGAUUCUGGAAAUACCUCAGCUAUUUCUGAUGAUGAAGCUCCCACUAACCGUCACACGGAAUUCUCAACAGAUGCCGAACACAAUCUUACAUGUUGCAUUCUUAUGCUAGAUAUUCUGCUUAAACAAAUGGAGCUACAGGAUGUCGAACAGCACACAGGAAUUCAUACAACAGUUUGCGAAAACACCUCAAAGCUUUUGAAAUGCAUGGUCACAGCAGCACGUGUUGGAUUGAGCAGUCAUAUUUGUUCGUUAAAGGCCGCUGAGUGUGCAUAUUGCGAAGCAUCUAUAAUGUGGCAUCAAUUAUCUACAAAACUUGUGCAGUUCAUGGCACCACUCGAACCUGUUCGGCCGCCUGAUCCUCCAAUCGAAGAAGUCGUCGAAGAAGAAAAAUCAUCCCGCAAGAGUCCACCGGAAACAGACAAGGAAAAAUCUCGAGACCGUGAUGUAUCUCUAUCAAUGGCUCCACUUCCAAUUCCACUUGGCCCUCUAGGAGGAUUUGCAGGUCCAGUUCCGGUCGCUGUUUCACAACCGGAACCACAUUCAGUAGGUGGAGUUUUAGUACACAUGCCCCAUGUUUGCUCGAGCAACGAUCGUGCCUGUUCUGAAAAUAUUGAAUUGCAAAGAAAUGUUCACGCCACAGACGAGAUAAUGACGGCAACGGUUGAAACCGUCUCCGAGCAAUUGGACCUGGCCGCCAUAAUGCCAUCAGAAAAAGUCGUUACAGCUGUUGCAAGAUCAGUGACAUUGUCAGAUGCCGAUGUCGCAACAGCUACCGUUCAGGUGGCAAAGGCUGCAAUUGUAGGCAGCAGCGAAGAUGUCGAUCUAAAUGGCAGUGUCACAGAUGAAAAUGGCGAUGACGUCGAGGAUGGUGAUGAUUUUUGGCACACCUCAGUUGGAAAAUUUAAAUUUUCCUUAGACUCACUGCCACAAACAUUACAAUAUAUUCAUCAGCUUCUGACGGAAAUCCCACUUAUCAAAAAGCCGGAACUCCUUUAUUAUAUUUUGCAAUGCUUGAAUGUGAUGUCCCUACAUGGUGACGCACUGGCAAAAUCUGCUCGAGAACAUAGGGGAUUUUUCAUUUGGUGUCAGGAGAAUUUACUCAUAAAAAAUUUAUGGGAGCUUUGCAAUGCUGAACACUCACAUAUCUGCCAAGCAAGCGUCCCUCUCUUGCUUCACUGUAUUACGCUUCCCCUUGGAUCUGAUGUUUUUUGGCGGGUAGUUCAGGAAGCUUUCCAUGACACAGAUUGGCGAAUACGAUUUACUGCUGUUGAACGUGUAACUGUUAUCACACGUUUCAUGGACUCGACUCCUCUCAGAACUGAGGUUGGCCUACAAACAGCAAUGGCAACAGCAUUUUGCCAUCUCAUAGCCAGUAUGGAUGAUAUAAAUGUCUAUGUAGCCCAACGGUCCACACUCUACAUAGGAACCAUUCACGAUACUGCUAUUCGAUCACUGCUUUUCUGUCUUGAAUCACAGUUCGACUUAUUCAUAGUUGAUAGACCAGUUGUACUACAAUCGCUUUAUCAGCUACAUAACUCAUUGUCUGACCGAAGGGUCUUAACAUGGGAAUUCUUUUUGAAUCGUUUCGACACGCUCUUUGUUGAGGCUCAAAUCAGUUUGGAAAAGUCCGGUGAUAUUUCGUAUCUUCGAGAUUUAAGAAAUUCAGAAAAUGGAAGUGAAAUUCUCUCUACGAAAAUACUUAAAGCAAGAGAAGCUCUUAGCCAAUCUGACACAAGUGGCAGCAUGGCAAAAACCCUAAGCGCAUCAUUUGGUACUAAGUGGCCAUACAAGAGGACAAUGUCAGCACCAGCAAGUAUGGUUCCGCGACAGGAUUCGAAAUUCAAUUCCGAAAAAGAGAAGAUCUAUAGUCGACAAAUAUCAGCCCCCAUACUUAAACGGAAGACAUCGCGUUUUGGAUUGGAAGGACAUAUUCAUUCGAUAGGAGGUUUAGGUGAUGAUAAUUUACCUGGACUCGUAAAUCGCAUCACCGAACUUGAAGAAUCCGACAAAGAAACAAUCCACUUGCUCGUGUUUCUUCUCAUGCAAUUUAUGUCUCGUACUGACCAGGCAUUUCCCUCCGAGGAUAAACCAAUGACAAAAACCCAAAACAUUGUCUUGAAGCAUCUCUUUCUUCUUUUAGGACAUAAUCAGAUUGAUAAAACAUUCCACACAACACCUGGAAAUCUAAGAUCAUCGGCUGUUUUCAAUGCGUUUUUGGCAAAUUUACCACAAGUUCUGGACCAAAACCAUUUAAUAGGUGGUCUUAUUCUGUCUUCAGUCAUGCAAGUUAUUCUCUUUGCACCAAACCCAUCGAAUAUUGGUAUAGAUUGCUACCAAAAUCUCAUCUUUAACUAUUCUUUGUGGUAUUUGGAGCCGCACUCGCGUCGCAACUGGCUUAUGACUAUACUUGUGGUGCUAUAUAAGUACUCUUAUACGCAGCCGCCUUAUAGCGGGUAUAUUAACAGUGCCAUGCGCAUUGUUAUCAAUAGUUUGAAAGCCCAAUUCCAUCAGUGCAAAAGAAUACCAACAACUACAAUCUUGGAUAUUCAUCCACCAUCUCGAUCGCGAGAUGCCAGUCAGCCAUCACUGGGAACCGAUCCCGAAGAGAAAGACCACCAAAGCCCGCCACCAAGUCCAAUGUUUCCAUCUGAGGGUACAAGUGUAGCUUCUAAGGGAAAAGGGCAAAACGUUGGUUUCUCUCAGAAAUCUGCUCAGCAAACCUUUCGCAAAUAUCCAGACUCCAGUUUGGAAGCCGACGAUACCGAAUCCGAACUGGUGGCGAUUCCGGAAAGCGACUUUUCGGAUAGUACGCUUCAUGGCUCUAGUGCACCGGGAUCAUUUGACGACACCAAUCAUUAUGACGAUGCCCCCGCAACCGGUUAUAAAUUUGACGGUCUUAGACAUCGCGCUAUUCGCACCACAGACUUUAUAGAAGAGAAAAAAGAAAUGUCUACAACUUCUAAGCUUGUUCGAUCAUCUAGAAGUGGUGAAGUCCUAACCAGAUCCAAAACAAUAGAAACUUCAACUGUAGUGACUCAGUCGAAAUGCAGCCUUCAAGAAGGAGUUCGAAUGAUCGUUACCCCAUUAGUUGGUUCGGAAACCCAGGAAACAGCUGUUCUUAGCCCACCUGUGGAUGUGCAACGAGCCAUCAUUGUUACUCAGAGUACUCAGCCAAUCCGAGGCAAAUCAUCUGAUAUGUCUCACACUUCUAAGAUGUUUGCGUCAAUUGCUUCAAACCAUCUUAAAGCUAUGGGAGUUAUACAGGGCAUAGAUACGAAAAAUGCUACAACCCCAAUGACAUCCUCUUCAAAGCCAACACAAGAAGUUACGCCAAUGAUUGCUGCUGUCAAGCCAACCCCCCAAGCUUUAAGUGGAAGCCGAUCAUCGAAUGGCAGUAUCAACAGCAUUGAUAAGAAGACCCUGGCAAAAACUCUUGGUAGGCACAAGACUAUCGUCGAAACCUCAACUGUUACAAGUACUUCCUCUUCUUCACCAGGAACUGAAGACUCUCGUCAUACUGGUUCUUCAAAGCCUAGUUUAAAUGGAAAUAAUAAUAAUGGCAAACCAACACUUCAAAGAUUCGACAAGAAAAACUAUGGUUCACCAGACUCACCGCUCUCAAAAAUGAGCGUUAUGCCAAAUCCCAGUGAAUCAGAACCGGAAAUCGCUUCAUUGCCACCGCCCAAGAAAAUAACUCAACUUGAAAUUCCAACUCCUGAAAGACUUUUACCAAUUGGACCUCAAGAAGGAGUAGCAACUAUAGUAGAUAGAAUGCGAGAAGGUUUAAAACUUCCCGACAUAAGCCAUCUAAAGCAGGAUAGUCUUGAUGUGUCAGAAAGCACGAAGGAUGACGUAACGCCAAGCAGCCGUGGCACUUCGCCUAGACGGCUUAUUAAGCAAGUUGCUAUGGAUUCUCCUCAAGAUCUGCAUGCUUCUAUAUUAAAAGCAGUCUCCCAAGACCCCAUUUCAAGCAAACAACAACAACAGAAAGACCGCGGAGCCCAGAGGGGACGUGGCCCAAGAAAAGUUCCAUUUGUCGUUGACACCCAUGCUGUUUCGGAUAUCAGGUCAAAAUACGCAGGUUAUUGGCCACCACCUGCCCAAAAGGAAGAAUCAGACCAAGACGAAGAAGGAGCUACUAAUGGAAGUCAGUCAGAUCAUAAGCCUAGCCAGUCACGAGUCGGUGAUUAUUGUGUAUGUGAACGAUGUGGAGAAUGUGGUUCGAUGCUGGAAGAGUACAAUGAUGAAGAAGUUGGAAUUCUUAUCAUAAUCUUAGGGACAUUCAUUCAUCGUGAGCCUGCAAUGGCAGCACCAUUUCUUCCUGAGAUUUUAACGAUUGUUUCGAAAUUUGCCAUGUAUUCAACAUUUCCGUGGCAAUACGCAAGUGCAACUCAUUUGCCUGGAGGGUCGCAAUCAGUUGCCCAUCAAUUUAUUCGUUGCGUCUUACAUCAAUUAGCACCCAAUGGAAUAUUCUUGCAACUCUUCCAGACACAAGUCAAAAAGGAAACUCGUCGUAAAUCUUUUCACAGCAUUGCUAAGGCUCUUCUGGACUUCCAAGAGCUCAACCCAACAAGUCCAAUCUACUUGGUUUGCGAAUCAUUACUGCAGAAAAAGACUCUUCCACUAGAACAUCUUUCUGUUAUCCUUCGAAAUAUGUCUGAAUAUCUGCAAUGCAUUCCAGCAGAUAGUGGUUUGGGAGCUGCAUCAUGGGCUCAAGCCAUGCAAUCGCUUGAAUCACUCUUCCGUCAAGUCGUACUCAUCUUACCUAGCAUAGAUAGUCCGGAAUACUUGCUUGACGUGAUAGUUGCAACUUUGAAAAUAUCCCCACCAAAAGCACUUCUCGAGCCAUUUUCUAAAGCUCUCGGCUACUGCGUUCAGAGCAUCAACUUGCGCCACAGUACCAUCUAUGAUCUUUGCACACUUAGCAAUCGAUCCUUUUCCAAGGAUCGAGACAAGAUGCUGCUUUGUCGCCAGUUGAUCUUUGAAUUCGUUCAGGCGUUGAAAUUUAAAAUAAAUAUCCCCGAUCAUAAUCUUCUCUUGAUUAUUGGAUUUGCUCUUCAAGAUGCCGGUGGGGCAUUACCUCCAGGCACAAUUGCAGGACUACCCGAUAUGCCACCUCAAUACCCGACAAAUGCUGCCGAUUGCUUGCGGCAGUAUAUGAAUGAUGUGUUGGAUUUUUUGGCUGACUUCCACACUCUCAGCAAAAUUAAGAACUUCAAGAAUGGUCAGAUACAAAACGGCCUGGGGGAGGACACUUUGGGUGGCGUGUUAAAAGGAGCUGUUGCACAAUACUUGGCUUUGGAGAUGUCUCGUGGAAAUUCUAGAGAUAAUAAGGCAGUGGCUAGGUAUUUGCCUUGGCUCUACAAUGCUCCCUCCUCUCUUCAACAAGGACCAAAAGAAUUCACAGAAUGUGUGGGACAUAUGAGGCUGCUUUCUUGGCUACUUUUAGGAUCACUAACGCAUUCGGCUUUGUCUCAGAAGAAAUGUGGUGACAUUGGUCAGCAUGGAGCCGCAGUUCAUCAUUUCCAAGUGCAACAUCCAGGCCAAGGCAUGACACAGCCUGUCCCGCAAGAAGCCAGUUGUCACAUCGCAGAUCACAUUCAAGUCAUUUUCGCUGGUUUUGCGGAACAGUCAAAAACAUCGGUGUUGCAUAUGUCGUCAUUGUUCCAUGCUUUUACAUUGUGUCAACUAUGGACAAUUUACUUGGAGCAAGCGGCUUUCAGUACACCUAACAAUCCAGAAGCACAUAAUAUUAUGGGAAUUUUGUUUGAAUUUUGGGCAAAAGUCACCCCGUGUAUUCUGCAAUUAGUGUCAAAUUCAAAAGCCGCUAAGGAAGUUGUCGAUUUCCAAAGCUCAAAUUCAAAGCUUUCUGAAAUGGUGAACCUGCAUUUCUUAAGCCUGUUGGAAGCACUCAAAGAGACUCAUUCAACAGUCCUGGGAAAACUUUUACCACUCUGGAGUCCUGUUUUAUCUUCUCAAACUCAACUAUCAGAUACACUUCAUGUUCGCCUACAAAACGUUCGCGACUAUGCUCCAGAUUAUGAGGAACAACAUACACACCAUUCUGAUGCAUUGCUUAAGUGGUUGCAGAGGCUUCAGUUCAAAAUGGGCCAAAUUGAGUUACAAUCUUCUACAGCUACACAAUUUUAUUCAAUUUAAUGUUAAAAAAUGUAUUUAAAUGUUUCAGUAACAAAAAAAUAGUAGAUAAAGUCAAAUUUUAAAAAAGUA